ACGCCAAAUUAUAUAUAUAUUUUUAAAAAGUAUUCAUUUUUGGAAGUUAUUAAUUUGCCACAAGAAAAGAUGCACUUGCUACAAAAACGCCCCCAACGUAAACAUUCAAGUCAUAAUGGACAACCUACAAGCACCAACUGUAUAAUAUGGUCGUGUUUAGUUUUUGAAAAUAAAAGUAUUGUAAUGUAUUGGACAGUUUUUAGGAUUUUUAUAGGUGACAAAAUAUUGAAACAUACUAAAUGAAACUUCUGGUGUAGCUAGCAUUAUAUUCAAAGUUUUCUGGUUUUACAUAAACGACAGGGCUUAAAGGGUCUAAAUAUAUUGAUUACCAAUAGAUGGUCAAGAAUUAAGAAACUUGGACUUAAAACAUAUGUCCAACACAUUUUGUAAGUCUUUAGCAAAAUAUACAAAGAAAAGUGGUCCAACAAUGUUGCCCUGAGGGAUCCCCAAAGAUUUGACCUGAUCCCAACAACUUAAGUAGAAAUUGUUCUGUUGGAAGCCCUAUUCAGAAGAAGGAAUAUCUAAAUUGUCUACCUUGCUGCAGAUGACAUUUUCCCUCUUAAUAUUUUCGGAAACUACUCAAAAAACAUUUUUAGAGUAAAGAGAAGCUUUUAACUCUGCUGCUACAGCUGUGCCACAGGGAUAUACGAGCAUUGCGCUGCUUCCCGUCAGUUUUUCGUCAUCAAAUAAAACACACUGUGAUUUUCCGUGUUUAAUAACAGCCUGGCUCUUAACGUGCAGCCAUUUCUGCUGCAGCUCCAGGAAACAACUCCAGGAUGUGGAGUUAUUUCUCUUGAAUCCAAUUACCGUGGAGCCAAAGCACAGCCUCAACAGUUAGUCCAAGCACAGAUUAGGAGCAUAUGCAGCUAACGUCAGCGUUCCCAUGCCAUGCCAAACCAAAUGUUUUCCCUCCCGUUCUCCGUUUUUCAGGAGCACAACGGGAUCUGUGUUGUCAUGACGAUCAAAUCUUGGAGUAAGCGUCUGUGGCUCCUUAAGGAGCUCUGGACAGAUUAGUGGGGUGUCAAGAAGAGUUUCUCCUGCUCUGCUGUAAAAAACCAGGGUUAGCACAUGUGAUAUGGAUUCAUUACAUAUUAUGUGACUAGUUAUACUAAACCUAAACAGCAACUUUCUAUCACAUCACAUGUUGGGUAUAAAAACAGGCUUGUAUACAUAAAUGUUAAACUUUCCCCAUGUAUUAUUUUUAACUCAUUCAUCUGACUUCCUACCCUACUUCGCACAGCCAUAUAGGGACCAUUUCAACUCAUAGACUAAGUUCCCUUUUUGCCUCAUAUCAAAUUAAAGGGAUUGUUGCACAUUUUAGAGAGCGGUUUCUGUUAUAAGGUUAAAACCAUAUCUUAUCUUUGAAGGCACCAAUCAGGGCUCAAUAAUUGGCGAGAUGCAGUGGUGUGCGGAGUGCCUAGAGUCUUGAAUUGUGUUAUUCUACCCCUUUGUAGACCCUAUAGUUGCUGUUUUUCUUGUGCAUUGUGAGAUAAUUAUGUCCUGCUCCCUCUUCCACCUGUUCAUGACUGUUUUGUCACUCUUGUUCUUGCCACAACACUUGUGUUCAGUCAUGCUCCAUUUAGUUACUUUCUUCUGUGCUCCACUUCCCCUGUAUUUCAUUUAAAUCAUGGUUUUACCAGCUUGCUGCUUUCCCUACGGCUGCAGCCUAAUGUCAUCCAGUAGUCACCACCCCAUUCUUUUUGGAAGCCGUUUCUUUUCCCAUUCCUUGUAAGUUCCUCCUGUUAUGCUGCUCAACGCUUUUCCAGUUGUUGUUGUUUUUGUUUUCUCUGUUGGGCUUUUUCUCCACUUGUUGGAUUUUCAUUUAAAGGUUCACCGCUUCUUCCUCCAUUUUAGUCCCUCAUCACAACCUGCUGUCAUGCCAGGUCUGGAUUUCUUUGGGACCUUUAUUUGACCAGAGAGCUAAAUAUGCCACAUGUGUCUUUCUGAUACUUAUCCUCUUCGUCACGAAUCUCUUUCAUUUACUAAGUGGCAGAGGUGAAUUCGACUCAGAAGUCAUUUUUUGAAAAAGGUGGCAUGGCUAAAGUUUGGAUUGCUCCCAGGUUUUCCACUGUAGCCUAUAUACCGAUGAGGUCACGUGGGUUUGAAAUCCAAUUUAAGAUGGUUGUGUUAAGUGCAGCAGGAGAUAAAAGAAAGAGGGGGUUGAGUCAGCUUAGUUAAACUAAUGACAAUUCACUGAUAGGCAUAUUUGUGUCAAACCAAGAUGGCAAAUGUAAAAAAAACAACCCAUAUCUUUUAACAAGAGCUCCCUUUAGGCACCGUGGGGAAAAAAAGAUUUCCUCCAAAAUGUCUCCGAAUUCAAGAGAGGUUUUUUUCUUUUAUUAUUUCAACCUUGUGUUUGACUCAGUCAGUUUUAGGUCAGAGAGAGAGAGGCAGAGAGAGAGACUAAAUGGAUUAUCAAGAAGCAGUUCAACAGAAUCCCUUUCAUCCCAUUGCUGGCCAUCAGACAGCCAAGUGCUCCCCUACAGGGAAACACGGGAUUAGUUGCUCACCAUCGUCGGCUUCUUCUCAUUUGAGUUUUUGGAAUUGCACCACAAGAAUCUAGGAAUUUUUCCAGUGCGAGGAGCGAAGAAUGUGAAAGACGGGACUUACAGGGACACUGUCAAAAGCCACACAGAGGACAGCCGUGGCUUGUCUGUAUUCUGAAACUCAUGGAUAAUCUUCGACCUUUGAAGCUUCAUUUAUUUAAAAAAUGUGUCACUGACAAGUCAAUAGAGAAGAACGGCAAGUACAGUUUGUUGUCAUUGACUCUUUUUGGCCACUAAUGGACUACCCACAGUGACUGCCUCAGAUCAUGCAUGUGAUCAAAUCUUUGCCAAUGAGUCGCAAAGUUCUGUUGAAUCCUGAGUUCACAGGAAUUCUAAUAAGAUGUUGGAGGAUUCUCGAUGGAGUGCCAAGUUCCCUGUGUCUUUUUUCUCACUUCUUUUAGUUCUUUGCAUGUGAGACUUUUAGAAGUCAACUUUUAGAGCGUGCUUUCACAGGAUGAGAAACUACGAUGCCAUGGGCUGUUGGAUGUAAACUCUGGGUUCUGUAAAGGCUUUUGUUGGCGCCCCACAUGAAUUUCAAAAGGUAAGCGGGCCUGGGGAUGCUUUAAAUGGUGUUAAUAACAGAGGAACAAGGUAAAGAUUCAAAGGUCAAAGAGAAUGGAUUUGCUGGAGGAGUUGCCCUUGGCAAGACUAAGAGUAAAGCCAACAUCUUGGCUGGGGAUGCACCCCUUAUGUCCAUCUGCAAGGUUGAUGAAGAUGGAGUUGAGUGUGCGGUAUCAGAAGAUGAUGCUAAUGAAGAGGCUGAAGUUGAUUACACACGAAACUACUGGGAGGAUGAGGACGAUAUCUAUCAAGAGUUUGAGGAACUGGACUUCGACUCCCUACCGGAUCGUUCGGACACCCACAGCAUCACCACAGAAGACUCCUUCUAUCCCCUAGACGAUUCAGUUAUUGCCCAAAUUAACCGCUCCCUCUACCGCCUGGAAACCCCCGAACCGAUCUCCUUCUUUAAGGCCUGCUGCAACAACAACCCCAUCAUAGUAAAGAUUAUGAUCAGACAAGGAGUGACUGAAGAAGAGGUAAAGGAGACCGACCGGAACAGAAGAUCUGGCCUCAUUGCUGCGUGCUACCAUGGUUACGUGGACGUGGUCAUGGCCCUCUCUCAGUGUCCCUACCUGGAUGUGAACUGGCAGGACAACGAGGGCAACACUGCCCUUAUUAUUGCGGCUCAAGCAGGUCACGCGUUUAUCUCCAACUACUUGUUGAACUACUUCCCCGGUUUGGAUAUCGAGAGGAGGAACUGUCACGGUUUCACAGCGUUGAUGAAAGCUGCAAUGCAGGGGAGGCUUGAGUGUGUCAGAGCCCUUAUGCUGGCAGGAAGUGAUAUCCAGGCUCGGGACUAUGGACGGAGAAUGACCCCCAGAGAGUGGGCUCUCUUCACCGGACGAUACGAGACGGCAGAUUUGAUGCUUCGGCUUAUAUCAAAGCCUUGCGCCGAGCAGUUCUGCGACUCCUUCACCCUAGAGUGGCCAUUGUUAGAGGAACUCGUGUGGAACGCACAAAAUCCACAGACAUUCUGUCAGCGCUUGAUGAAACUCAUCUCUAGCUGCCCUUACAGGUUCCACUUCAACAACAAAGUAAACCCUGUGAACGAUGGUGUCCUUGAACACAUGGUGAGGAUAACCACAGGCAUCUCCAGCCCCUUCAUGGCCACGGCGUGCCACACCGUCUGCCCGGGCAGCCCGCCGUGUGUCGGAAAGCGCCGGCACGCCGUGCAGGAGAUCCUGAGGCGGCAACGGGUGGCGGAACUCAAACGCCUGGGUCCCGACAGGUUGAACAACUACAAGAGGCUUUUCCAGAACUCAAGGGUCCUCCUCAUCCCCAAAGUGAGGGACCGACGGGCGAGCCUGCAGCCCCAGCUGCUCAGCGACGUGGCGGCAGCGUCCACGGUGGCCAUCAGACGAGCCAGCCUCCUGCCGCUCAACAUGCUGAGGAGAAGCAGCGUGCGGCCAGGCAUCGUGGUGCCAAAGGUCACCCUCUGCAAAGCCCCGCCUCCGAGCUUCGUACCGGAAACGUCCAGCAGGAAUGGCAACGACAACCAGCUCCAGAUCCCAAAAUGGGAUUACAAGAUGAAGAAAAUAGAGAGGAGGCAGGAAGAGGAGAGGCGACGAAUGCUAUCUGCGCUAAGAAGGAGGUGAAGGAUCGAAGGAGGACAUGAAAAGUGUCUUGUGGCAAAGCGGGCACCAAGCACAGCGUCCCAGCCUUAGCAAAUCUGAACCUUUAAUGUGAAUUUAACUGCAAGUGUUGUUUCUGCUUGUUCAGAUCACUGAUGCUGCUUUGCCUUGUUUCUACUUGAAUUUGCACACUUCCCUUGAGAGGUGUAAUUUGUAAUGGGAAUGGGCAGAUGAGGGAGCAGAAGAAAAAAAAAAUAAACAUGUGACUUAGGAGAAUCAGGUAUUUUUGGAGAGAUCAGACAACUUAUUUCACCACAUUCGCGACAACUUUCUUUUUGUUAUUUCGCUACAUCGUGUCAUGCUUACGUGGAAAGACUCCAGUGGCAAACAACAGCAAAAUGACAAGUGCUAACAAAAAACUCAUUUGGUAGAGUCAGUUUUCACUUAGAUUUGGAGACAAAAGCCCAGAGGAAUAGGCUCACAAGUAAGAAGUAAUCUUACAACCGGCCAGAUAGAUAAAAGAUAGUGAGAAUUUUGAACACAACCUAAUGAAAUAAAAGAAGUUGAGACUAUGGAGCGUACAGCAGGACGACAAAACAAGGCAAAAGAUCCUUCUUCACUGCUGCAGAGUAUGUUUAAGGACGAGGAGCAGCUAAGCAGCGUUUCAGAGUCGAGUUGAAGAGCUAGCUCACAGCGGCUUUGUUGGGGCUUUGUGAAGAAGCUGAAAGGCAGAGCCAAAAAUAAACAGCUUAGUUCUUCACUCUGACAUGCUGACUUUUAAAGGUAUCGCGGUACAGUUUCCUGUCUGCAGGCUGCCGGCUCGGUGACUUGUGCCAUAUUAAAGCUAUCAUUAGCCGUUUUUGCUUCAAAAGAGCUAAACUGGGCGAAAUGAAGCAAAAAUAGAGGUGCAGUGAAAAAUGAGUGCAGCCUAAUAACAAAACAUUGUAGUUCCAGGAUUGUAUGUUUUAGGGUCACCACUUUAAAUACGGAGAAAUUAUUUAUUUAUUUUUUCUGCUUUUUUAAAAUUUUAAUGAUAGUAUCUAAGCUAACGUUGCAGUUUAAACUAGACAUGCUAUUCCAGCUAGCUAGCAAUAGCAGUAAAGCUCAGCAGUUCACUUCUGUCCAUUUGUUUCUGUUUUGUUACAAAGUACAGCAAAGACCAAAACGCCUUUAGCUUUCAAAUGCUGGGGCUAAAAACAAUUACAUUAAUCAGUGAAAAAGUAGCUAUGGUUUAAAAAAAAGAAGUUUUUUUUUCUUUUUCUAGAAGUGCCCAUUUAAUUUGACAGUUAUUUUUUAAUAAUGAAAAUAUAAUGCUCUUUUAACAUAAACAACACCGAGCUAAAAAAAAGACAGCAUACAAAUCUACCUGCACAGUAUAUAGUGUAUACCUGUGUAAUAUACUAAACUAACACUAGACUGAGUGUUUCUUCUAUGUUAAAUCUCUUUGGGUUUUGCUAUUGAAUUUCUAUUUUCAGGUUUCAAAAUGCUGGAGUGCAUCAGGGGGUUUCUAAGUCAUAUUAAUAAGUUGUGGAAAAUAAUGCUACAAAUCAUUAACAGUUCUACAAAAUUUCUUAGAAAUGCCCGUAUACUGAAACAGUUUUUCAGUUACUUAUUUUAUACACUACACGUUACCAUUUGUUAAGCUAAGUUUUGUUCAUAAAGAAGACAGUUAGCAUCCAAGUUAGCGAUGCAGUUAAUGUCAGUUUGGCCAAACAAUUAUGCUAAAUAUGUGGCCUCAUUACUAAAAACCGAUGCUGUUUUUGUCUUGGAAAUCAGAGCUCAAACUUGGGAAUAAUAUUACACGUUGAUGGUAGCAUUUUUCCCAAAUGCUGUCAAACAUUUGGAAAACAAAGAGUUAGCUUCCAAAUUAAUGCAGCUUUUCUUUAAAUAAUGCUAAAAAAAAAAUCCUGACUACAUCUAAUGUUGAAGCUUGAGUCCUUCAUUCAAAUUGUUUUUCCUUUUUUUACAAGACAUUGCAAGGCUCUAAUACCUACGUUAGAUCUUUAUAUUGAAAGGUACAAAUAAAAAAAGCACAUUUUCAAUUAUAAAAAAAUACAAUUAUAUAUUUCGCAUAUGUUGUAUUAAACAUAUGAAAAGAAAACUUGAUGGCACUGAAUGUAAACAAAACAAGAAUAGCGCGAGACCUACUUCACAUGCCAAAAUCAAUUAAUAACUUUCACUUAUGUCACAGUCCCUUGCCUUAUGAUAUACUUAUUAUCCUAGUUGUUGCAUUUUUCUACCUUUUGAGUGUGUCUCUGAAUAUAAAAUUCCUUCAGAAUAUCAACAAAGCAUAUAUGAAUUUUUGGACUAAUAAU